CGUCGAAGCUCUUCUUCACGAUCACUCUAUCUGGCCAGAAGAAUCGUGAAGAAGAGGCACACCAGUUGAAAAGGAAAAACAAAAUAACGUACUAUUCAGGAGCUUUAAUCUGUGGAAUUUGAAGCAUUUUUCGAGCAACAAUGGACCGUGCUGAGCUAACCACCGGACAGGUUCUGAAGAGGGAUAUCCCAUGGGAAGCAUACAUGACAACUAAGCUGAUUUCAGGAACAGACCUUCAGCUGUUAAGGCGAUAUGAUAAUAGAGCUGAAAGUGUCAGGGCACAGUUAUUGGAUGAUGAUGGCCCGGUCUAUGUUCAAGUGUUUGUUAGAAUAUUACGUGAUAUAUUUAAGGAAGAAACAGUGGAAUAUGUUCUGGCUUUAAUUGAUGAAAUGCUUACAGCCAAUCCAAAACGAGCCAGAUUAUUUCAUGAUAAUUCACUUGCAAAUGAAGAUACUUAUGAACCUUUCCUAAGGUUGCUUUGGAAAGGUAACUGGUUCAUACAAGAAAAGAGCUGCAAGAUACUUUCCUUGAUAAUAAGUGCCAGACCAAAAACCCAGGAUGGUGUUGUUCCAAAUGGGGAAUCAUCAAAUUCAAAGUCAAAGCUCACGACCAUUGAUGACGUACUAAAAGGAUUGGUUGAAUGGCUUUGCACACAGCUGAAGAAGCCUUCCCAUCCUAGUCGUGGUAUUCCAAUUGCUAUUAACUGUCUUGCAGCAUUGUUGAAGGAACCUGUUGUCAGAUCUUCCUUUGUUCAAGCAGAUGGAGUGAAGUUGUUGAUUCCUUUAAUUUGUCCGGCAUCCACCCAGCAAUCCAUUCAGCUUCUUUAUGAAACUUGUCUUUGUGUUUGGCUUUUAUCCUACUAUGAACCGGCAAUCGAGUACUUGGCAACCUCUAGGGCUCUACCCCGACUGGUUGAUGCUGUUAGGAGCUCCACGAAGGAGAAGGUUGUCAGGGUGAUUGUAUUGACCUUUAGGAACUUGUUGUCCAAAGGAACAUUUGGUGCUCAGAUGGUUGACCUCGGACUGCCACAAAUUGUUCAGAGUUUAAAAUCUCAAGCAUGGAGUGAUGAGGAUCUGUUGGAGGCUCUCAAUCAACUUGACGAUGGGCUGAAAGAUAAUAUUAAGAAAUUGAGUUCCUUCGAUAAAUAUAAGCAGGAAGUUCUUCUUGGUCAUCUUGAUUGGUCACCCAUGCAUAAAGAUCCACUGUUUUGGCGUGAUAACGUUACAUGCUUCGAAGAGAAUGAUUUCCAGAUUCUUAGGGUCCUACUCACAAUUAUGGACUCCUCAACCGACCCGAGAGCUCUGGCCGUUGCGUGCUUUGAUCUUUCACAAUUCAUUCAGCACCAUCCUGCCGGUAGGGUGAUAGUUAAUGACCUCAAGGCCAAGGAACGGGUGAUGAAGUUGAUGAACCACGAGAGCACCGAGGUCACCAAGAAUGCCUUACUCUGCAUCCAGAGGCUUUUCCUGGGUGCGAAAUACGCCAGCUUUUUGCAGGUGUAGUUUCAUGUUAAUGGCUGUAUGGUCGUGCCUCAUUCUGCUAUGGAAUUACUACAGCUAGUGAAUAUGUGGUAAGCAAAUUAGGGUUUGGCUACUUGGGGUGUUCUAUUUUCAUUUCGAGUAAGUUAAAUAAUGAGUUGGGGUUGAUCUGAUAUUUCUUCCGGAUAUUUGAUGGUGUCAAUGGAAGGAAGAUUUAGUUUCCCAUUUGUCAAAACCUUAAAAAAAAUAUAUUAUUUUAUAAAAUUAUGAGAUGUCGAAUAGAAUAGGGUGUUUGUUGU